UCGACAUCAGUGUCUCCUCACAUCACUGUGAUGAGUUUAAUUUUAAUUACAUAAUAUAUCACUUAAACUGAAAACUUACUUAUUAAACUUUGAACACAUUUCCCUUCCAGUAUAUCACAUAUGCAACAAAGAAACAAUGAAGCCUCGCCCGAGAAGACGUGUUCCGUCAACGUCACCGGCGGCGGCGGCGGAGAAAGAUUCAAAGCAUUUUAUGAAAGCCAUACUUCCUCCUCCUGAUCAUACAAAAGAGAUAAGAAUUCCAGAUGAGUUUAUAACAAGAUUUGGGAAUGAACUCGACAAUGUUGCUACCAUUACCGUUCCCGAUGCUCUUGAGUGGGAUAUGGAACUCAAGAAAUGUGGCGGCCAAAUUUUCUUUUGCAACAAUUGGCAGCAAUUUGCAGAAUACUAUUCUAUUUAUUAUGGUUGUUAUUUAGAUUUCAAAUACGAAGGGAAUUCAAAGUUCAAUGUUGUUAUAUACGAUACAACUUCUGUUGAGAUUUCUUAUCCAUUCCAAACUCGGAGGACUAAUGGAGAAGCAAACAUAAACUGUCCGAGCUCUGCUUCCGAAAGAUCAAAGGAUGCUGCCAAUGGAAUCAACCCAAAAAACACUUCUUUUUGUUCCAAAGUCCAGAACAACUACGCAUAUGUUCCUGGUGAAUUUGCUAAGGAGCAUCUGAAGCCAAAUGUUCCGUUCAUGCUCCAAAAUUCUCAAAAAAAGCAGUGGGAAGUUUCUGGUGCAUUGGAUAGACCAGGAAAACCAGCAAUGCGAAUAACUAUUGGAAUCCGUAGAUUUCUUAGGGAAAACAAGUUAUUAGAUGGAGUUAUUUGUCGCUUUAAGCUGAUCAAGAAGAAGCCUGUUGUUGUGAUACAAGUUACAGCGUCUCACAUGGCGGAGAAGGAAGUUAGGGAAUCCAUACAUUUUAAAAAAGCUAUACUUCCCUCACCCAUUUAUGACAAAGAAAUUAGAAUUCCAGAAAACUUUAUAACAAUGUUUGGGAAUGAACUCGAGAAUGUUGCUACAGUUACUGUUCCCGAUGGUUGUGAUUGGGAAAUGGACUUGAAGAAAUGUGGCGAGGAUGUUUACUUUUGCAACAAGGAAUGGCAACAGUUUGCAGAAUACUAUUCUUUAAGAUACGGUUGCUUCCUGUCUUUCAGAUACGAAGGGAAUUCAAAUUUUAGCGUUAUUAUAUUUGAUGCAACUUCUGUUGAAAUUUGCUAUCCAUUAAAAACUCCAAGUACUAGUGGAGAAACAAACACCGAGUGUCCUAGGCCUAUGAAAAGGUCCAAGGUUGAAACAAGUGAGAGUCCAGGGAAAAAGGUCAAAAGCAUGUCUAAUUAUGCUUAUAAAAGGGCAGAGGAUGCUGCCAAUGCAUUCAACCCGAAAAACCCUCAUUUUCGUUCAAAAAUCACCAAGGGAAGACAUGCGUAUGUUCCUUCUAUAUUUGCUUCAGAAUAUCUGAAGCCAAAUGCUCCUAUAAAGCUCCUAAAUUCUCAUAGAGAGGAGUGGAAAGUUUUUGGCAUAGAGCAUAAUGCCAGAUCAUCAACGCGUAAAGCAAAGUCACCAGCCAUGCAAAUAACACAGGGAUUUAGUCAAUUCAUAAGGGAGAACGAUCUAUCAUAUGGUGACUGUUGUGUGUAUGAGCUGAUCGAGGAGAACCCUCCUGUGCUAGAAGUCACGAUGUUUUGUGUGGUUGACUAUUGGGAUUAACAACUCAUGUACAUCUAGCCUCCCCACUAUAAAUAAUGAGUCAUGACGUUGCAUGCUACAUGUGGUUUUGGUAUUUGAUAAUUUCCAUGCAUUGCACAAAUUAGUAAUAUGCACUUGUGUAUUCUGUGUUUGAUUGCUGUAAUGGGAUUUUCUGUUUGUUGGAUCAUGAAACAAUAGAGAAGAUUAGAAUCCUAUAAGCAGGUUUAGGAAUUGUUGGACUAGGAGUUGUCUUCAAACUUAAAUGACUGUUAAUAAUGA